AUAGGCUAUGUUCCGAUAUACACUGUGAGCACUGCGCAGUGGUCUCAGUGGUGAAAAAUUCGUUCCGAUAUGGACUGCCAGUAUAAUGCUACAGUACCCUAGGGAAAUAUAUGACGUCAUAAAUCACCGCCAUUUUUGCACUGUGAGCGCUGGCAUUUUCAAGAAGUUUGUGGUUAAAAAAAACUACAAAAAUGGAAAAGUUAGUGAUGUUACAUUUAUUAGAAUGUGAAUCUAAUAAAACAUACUCGCUCAAAGUUACGCCCGAAAUAUAUGAUCGUGCAAAGAUUGGUAAUCGCGUUCAAAAGAAACAGCUUCGGUAGAUAACGAUAGAAAAAGUGAAGUACACAAUUGGACCAAGUCGGAGGUUUUACUUCUAAUUGCGAGUUAUAAAGAACACCAAUUGGAAUUUUUGGAUGAAAAUGCUUGCAAAGCUGAUGUAUGGUCGAAAGUAAUUAAUCAUAUGACGGUUACACUUGCUGAGCACGAUUUAUCACCUAUUGAUAUCAAAAAAUGUAAAACAAAAAUGGAAGCACUGAAACGGCAUUAUAAAGGUCUUAAAGAUAAUAAUAAAAAGUCUGGGAACCAAAAAAUUACUUGGCCUUACUAUGAUGAAACGGAAGAACUAUUUGGUGAGCAGCCAUGGAUUAAACCGUUGUCCACUGCAGGUUCUAACAUUGAAAACACAAUGGAUUCUGAAGUUAUAAACCCACCAUCGAAACGCCAAAAAAAGUUGGCAGAUUAUUGUGAACAAUUACUAGAAGAAAAAAAAGAGAAUCGUGCAAUUCGCAUACAACAUCACCAAGAAAAAAUCGCUGCUACAAAUCAAUUAACGGAUGUUCUAAGAGAGCUUAUAGGUCAUGCAACACAAAAACGGCAAAGUUGAUUAUAUUUAAAACUAAGUAAUUUUAGUGCAAAUAUUUUUUAUGAUUAUUUUAAUAUGAUUAAGAAUGUUAUGCAACAUAAAAACGGCAAAGUUGAUUAUAUUUAAAACUAAGUAACUUUAGUGCAAAUAUUUUUUAUGAUUAUUUUAAUAUGAUUAAAAAUGUUACAGACAAUUUAUAUUUUUAGAACGUGCAUGUUUACAUGUCUAAGUA